AUGUCUGCAUCUGACUCCAGUGCAGCGCUUCUCAGCGGCAAGGGUUCGGCUGAUUCCUACACUAGUAGACCCUCGGAUUCCGACCUGUCCCUGGAGGAGGAUAAGGAGGCGUCUCGGCGGGAAGCCGAGCGCCAGGCCCUGCUGCAGCUCGAGAGAGCCAAGACCAAACCUGUGGCUUUUGCAGUGAGAACCAAUGUCAGCUACUGUGGGGCCUUAGAUGAGGACUGUCCUGUGCAGGGUGCUGCCAUCAACUUUGAAACCAAAGACUUUCUACACAUAAAGGAGAAGUUCAACAAUGACUGGUGGAUCGGGAGGCUGGUGAAGGAGGGGGCUGAUAUCAGCUUUAUCCCCAGCCCUGUGAAACUGGAGGCCAUGCGCCUCAAACAGGAGCUGAAAGCUGCACAGAGAAAACCAGGAGGGAGGCCUACACCUCCAUCUUCAGCUAAACAGAAGCAAAAGCAGACGGAGCAUGUUCCACCCUAUGAUGUCGUACCCUCCAUGAGGCCUGUGGUGCUGGUUGGGCCUUCGCUGAAAGGCUAUGAGGUGACAGAUAUGAUGCAGAAAGCACUGUUUGACUUCCUCAAGCACAGGUUUGAUGGAAGGAUCUCUAUCACACGAGUGACUGCGGAUCUGUCUCUAGCCAAGAGGUCUGUGCUAAACAAGAAGGCCAUCAUGGAGAGGUCCAACACACGCUCCAGCUUAGCGGAGGUCCAGAGUGAGAUAGAGAGGAUAUUUGAGUUGGCGAAGUCUCUGCAGUUGGUGGUCUUAGACGCAGACACCAUUAACCAUCCAGCACAACUGACCAAGACAUCGCUCGCCCCCAUCAUCGUCUAUGUAAAAGUGUCUUCUCCAAAGGUCCUCCAAAGACUCAUCAAGUCCAGGGGAAAGUCUCAAAGCAAACAUCUAAAUGUGCAGAUGAUGGCAGGAGAUAAACUUGCUCAGUGCCCACCAGAAAUGUUUGAUGUGAUCCUGGAUGAGAAUCAGCUGGAGGAUGCAUGUGAACAUCUGGCCGAGUAUCUGGACAUCUACUGGCGUGCCACUCACCUGCCAGGUUCAGCCCCCGUGAACCCCCUACUGGAGCAAAACGUGGUAACCCCACCCUCAGCUAACUCAAGCCAACAGUUCUCUGAGACUCAAGAACUGAUUGAAUGAGUGCUGCAACAGGCCUGGCUUGUACUAAGGUUGGUCAGAGUGGCGCGGAUCGUUCCGAAGCCUCCCUCAGUCCAUCUCUCAGAGGCCAGCCACUCUCUGCCCCUGAGCGGGAGGAGCUCAGAGCAGCUGCCCCCUGAGGAGGAAGAGGAGGAGGAGAAAGAGAUGAGGGUAAAUGAGGAAGAGGACCAACCCCACCAUCCUGAGCACACAGGAGGUGCAGCUCAAAGCCCACCCAGCACAGCCACGUGUGCCAGCCGCCACGUCUCAGGACCGCUCCGCUGCAGCACAAUGCAUACAAAAACACACACAACCAACACUGUAUGUGGCAGCACACACUCACAGACGUGCACUCCAUGUCCAAAAGUGUCCAUACCCUCCUAGUUAAUGAAUUGGGGCAUUUAAAACACAAUCAUUACUGAUACAAGUGAUCAGUUGUGCACACACAGCUUAGAAAGGCACUGCUAAUAGGAACACACUGGAGCAAUCACAGAUAAGUUUGGCUUUAUACAGUGAAACUUUUAUGCAGUCUGAGCUCUAUGUAAAACUAGGGGCAUAAAAAAGAGGAGAAAAUGAAUCUGGUUACAUAGGUCAUGGUUACAACAGGUUGAAGAGGAAUAAUUGGUGGCACAAGCAUCCGUUUAGACAGCUGUUGCUGAUAGUUCGCUAGUUAAGGCAGCUCUUUAUGGAAACAUUAGCUUUGUGCUACCAACCACAUACCAACCUUGCAAAAAGUUGAUCAGGAGGAUCCUCUUUUUUAACCGUCCGAUAAACCAUCUUCUGUUCUAGUGUCUUGUGCAAUUGAUCCGAUGAAAUCAGUCGUUUGAAAUUACACUGUUUGAUAUGAUCACAUGGUGCGUUAUUUACGAUUUGAUUUGCUGUUUCAUGAAACUUUCAUGACGCUUUGCAGGACACUUUACAUUAUGCAACUCAAGCACAAAUUAGUUUCAUGUAGGUUGCAUGAUAGUUUCACCAUAUAAAGCCAGUAAUGUAUGUUUGGCCUUGGAUUGUAGAGCAGUGGAAUCACAUUUUUUGGCGUGAUGAAGACCAUAAACAUCUUGAGUUGGAGUGCCGUUUGUGAUCCAGAACAGUUUCCUCAGGAAAAGGCAGACAAACUCCCUAUUAGUUUAGCAAAGAAAUAAUCAAAUUUGCCCAGUUUUCCCAUUAUUCCAAGUGUAGUCACUAAGUCAGACCAUCCUGGUGUCCAGAGUUUGCCAUCAUAGAACUGGAGCUACAAGGCUAAUUUUCCCACACAGGGAAAAAUGAUAUCUUGGCAACUGAGAUCACCUUUAAUCUGGACAAUAUAUCAGUGACACUAUAUUUUGAGUCGUCCUUUUAGAUGAAACAAACACUUAACAGACUCAGUAACAUGUCAAAAAAACAUAUGAGUGUUAAGAUUAGGUUUUUG